AAUUUUGUGGCGUUGUUGUGGCAGUCCUGAUAAUACCACAAUUUCAAGGGUCAAAAAACCAACACUACCCUUUACUGUAAAUUCCAAACUGUACACAAACGCGACCCUACUCCCGUACACACACACACACACACCCAUAAAGCCAGAAAGUCCUCUGCCAUUACCAAAUCACAGCAAAAAAAAAAAAUUAACCCCAAAAACCAAAAAAACCAAAAAACCCAAACAAAUUACCAAUAUUUUUUUUAUUGUACCAAAAAAAAAAAAAAAACCCACUAGGGUUUGACUGGAAAAAACUGCGGAUCGCGUGCAAAAAAGCCAGAGAGUCAGAAAUUUCACCGAUUCCGUUAACUUCGCGCUUCUCUCCGUCACAGAGAUCUAUUCUAUUCUCUGUUGUUUCCGAAAAUCCCGCUUUUUUUUUAGAGAGAGAGAGAGAGAGAGAGAAUUUUGUUGCAAUUUUAGAGAGAGAAAAUGAGCGAGUGAGUGAGAGACAGAGGUGGGGUUUUUUUUUGAACGUUGGGAUCGGAGGGCUUAUAUGGGUUUUUCUUAAAAUUUGGGAAGUGGGUUUUGGAGGGUGUUUUCUAAAAGUGUUUUUUUUUUUUUUUUUUUUAAGAAAAAACAAAAAUUUAUAGUUUUGGUGGGUUUGUGGGGUUUAGUGGGUGUGUUGUGAAUUUUGGGUUGAUUUUGCAUGCAAUCUGGUGGAGGAGGAGGAGGGCCCGGCCGGGUGGGACCGGCGGGGCGGGCGGCAUCCACAUCAUCGGCUGCGUCGCCGUCCUCUUCGUCUUCGGCCGUGUCGACCCCGCACUUGGGGUUUGAUUCGAUGCAGCAGCAACAGCAACAACAGCAACAGCAGCAGCAGCAGCAGCAGCUGGGGUCUAGGCAGUCAUUACAACAACAGUUGCAUAGAAAACCUGAAGGGAAUGAAGCCUUUCUAGCAUAUCAAGCUAGUCUCCAAGGGGUUCUAGGAGGGAACAACUUUGCUUCAUCUCCUGGCUCUAUGCAACUGCCUCCACAGUCUAGGAAAUUCAUUGAAUUGGCUCAACAACACAGUUCCCCCCAUGAGGGCCAGAAUACAAAUCAAGCUAUUGAUCAACAAAUGCUAAGUCCAGUUCAACAAGCUUAUCUUCAAUAUGCCUUUCAAGCUCAACAAAAAUCAGCUUUGGCAAUGCAAUCACAGCAUCAUGCUAAAAUGGGUAUGUUAGGUCCACCACCAGGGAAGGAUCAGGACAUGCGAAUGGCAAAUCUGAAAAUGCAGGAUCUCAUUUCCAUGCAGGGGCCUAAUCAGGCUCAGGCAUCAUCAUCUAAAAACUCAUCUGAACAUUUUGGUCGUGGUGAAAAGCAGAUGGAUCAAGGGCAGCAACCUACCUCUGAACAGAGGAGUGAGCCAAAGCCUUCAACCCAGCUGACAGGCCAUGGACAAUUAGUACCUGGAAAUAUGGUGAGGCCUUUGCAAGCACCACAAGCUCAGCAGAGCAUGCAAAACAUGUCAAACAACCAGCUCAUGUCUGCCCAGUUGCAGGCAAUGCAUUCGUGGGCACUUGAGCGCAAUAUUGAUCUCUCACUGCCGGCAAAUGCCAACUUGAUGGCACAGCUCAUACCAUUGAUGCAGUCUAGGAUGGUUCCACAACAAAAGGCAAAUGAAAGCAAUAUGGGUGCACAGUCAUUACCUGCUCCAGUGUCAAAGCAGCAGGUCACUUCUCCAUCAGUUGCGAGUGAGAGUUCUCCCCAUGCUAAUUCAUCGAGUGAUAUAUCUGGGCAGUCUGGCUCUGCAAAAGCAAGGCAGACUGUUUCAGCCAGCCCUUUUCGCUCGACUUCAAAUGCUGGCAUGGUUAACCAUGCUAGCAACAAUGCAUUGCAGCAGUUUGGUACUCAUGGCAGAGAGAAUCAGGUGCCUUCUAGACAGCAUGCUGGGAUUGGUAAUGGAAUGCCAUCAAUGCAUCCCCCUCAGUCCUCUGCCAACACAAGCCAAGGUGUGGAUCAUUCUCUGAGUGUGAAAAAUACAUUAAGUAGCCCAGAAGCUUCGCAGUUGCAGUACCUCAGGCAGUUAAAUCGAUCUUCUCCACAAGCAGCAGCUCCUACAAAUGAUGGGGGCUCUGGCAAUAACAUCCUUUCACCAGGUGGAUCGUCUAGUCAGACGCCUCAACAGCGCUUUGGGUUCACCAAACAGCAAUUGCAUGUUCUUAAAGCACAAAUACUAGCAUUUAGGCGGCUGAAGAAAGGAGAUCCUGGUCUGCCUCAAGAACUACUUCGAGCUAUUGCUCCACCACCUCUCGAGUUGCAGCUGCCACAGCAAAAUCCUGCUGCCGGAGGAAAUAAUCAGGAUAAAUCAGCUGGGAACAUGGCAGCAGACUAUCCAAGGCAAAUAGAGUCCAAUGAGAAGGAUUCAACUGCUGUGGCAUCAAUUAAUGGACAAACUUUCCCAAAAGAGGAAGCUUUUGUGGGAGAUGAGAAAGCAACCAUCAGCACAGCUCAUUUGCAAGGUGUUCCGGCUGUAAUGAAGGAACCUACACCAGUGGCAUCUGCUGGAAAAGAUGAGCAGCAAUCCUCUGUAUUUUCUGUUAAAUCAGAUCAGGAUGUUGAACGUGGUAUUCAUAGAAAUCCUGUUAAAAGUGAUUUCCCAGUGGAUAAGGGAAAGGCUAUUGCACCACAGGCAGCUGCAUCUGAUGCAGUGCAAGUUAAGAAACCUGUACAAGCAAGCACUGCCCCCCAGCCAAAAGACGCUGGCUCCGCUAGAAAGUAUCAUGGGCCCCUAUUUGAUUUCCCCUUUUUCACUAGGAAACAUGACUCUUUUGGGUCGGCAAUGAUGGUUAAUAACAAUAAUAAUCUAACAUUGGCAUAUGAUGUCAAAGAUCUUCUUUUUGAGGAAGGCAUGGAAGUGCUUACCAAGAAAAGGUCCGAAAAUUUAAGAAAGAUUGGUGGUUUACUGGCAGUGAACUUAGAGAGGAAAAGGAUUAGGCCAGAUCUUGUCUUGAGGCUGCAAAUUGAAGAGAAAAAGCUUCGACUUUUAGAUAUACAGGCACGGUUAAGGGAUGAAAUUGAUCAACAGCAACAAGAGAUAAUGGCAAUGCCUGACAGGCCAUAUAGGAAAUUUGUUCGGCUGUGUGAGCGUCAGCGACUGGAGCUCAGUAGACAAGUACAGGCCUCUCAGAAAGCUAUGAGAGAGAAGCAACUUAAAUCCAUAUUUCAGUGGCGUAAGAAGCUUCUUGAGGCUCACUGGGCCAUCCGUGAUGCACGAACUGCCCGCAAUAGGGGGGUUGCCAAAUAUCAUGAGAGGAUGUUGAGAGAAUUUUCAAAAAGAAAAGAUGAUGACAGGAAUAAGAGGAUGGAAGCAUUGAAAAAUAAUGACGUUGAAAGGUACAGGGAGAUGUUGCUAGAGCAACAGACAAGCAUUCCAGGUGAAGCUGCAGAGAGAUAUGCUGUUCUCUCAUCAUUCUUGACUCAGACUGAAGAGUAUCUACAUAAACUGGGAAGUAAAAUAACAGCUGCCAAAAACCAACAAGAAGUGGAAGAAGCAGCAAAUGCUGCUGCAGCUGCUGCACGAUUGCAGGGUCUCUCGGAAGAAGAAGUUAGGGCAGCAGCGGCUUGUGCUGGGGAGGAAGUAAUGAUAAGAAAUCAGUUCAUGGAAAUGAAUGCACCUAAGGAUACAUCUGUUAGCAAGUAUUAUACUCUUGCACACGCUGUGAAUGAAAGGGUCAUGAGGCAACCCUCAAUGUUAAGGGCUGGAACGUUGAGGGACUAUCAACUUGUCGGGUUGCAAUGGAUGCUCUCUUUGUAUAACAAUAAAUUAAAUGGAAUCUUGGCAGAUGAGAUGGGUCUUGGGAAGACUGUGCAGGUAAUGGCAUUGAUUGCUUACUUGAUGGAGUUCAAAGGGAACUAUGGCCCACAUCUUAUAAUAGUUCCAAAUGCUGUUUUGGUAAAUUGGAAGAGUGAGCUCCAUACUUGGCUGCCAUCUGCGUCAUGCAUUUUUUAUGUUGGUGGCAAGGAUCAACGAUCAAAAUUAUUUUCUCAAGAGGUUUGUGCUAUGAAAUUUAAUGUCCUUGUGACAACUUAUGAGUUCAUCAUGUAUGAUCGUGCAAAACUUUCAAAAGUUGAUUGGAAGUAUAUCAUAAUUGAUGAAGCACAAAGGAUGAAGGACAGGGAAUCAGUUUUAGCACGUGAUCUUGAUAGAUAUCGCUGCCAGAGGCGCUUGCUUCUCACUGGGACGCCAUUACAGAAUGAUUUGAAGGAACUCUGGUCACUUUUAAACCUACUUCUUCCAGAAGUAUUUGAUAAUCGGAAAGCAUUUCACGAUUGGUUCUCAAAGCCCUUUCAAAAGGAAGGUCCUUCACAGAAUGCUGAGGAUGAUUGGCUUGAGACUGAAAAAAAGGUCAUCAUCAUACACCGACUUCAUCAAAUUCUGGAGCCAUUUAUGCUCAGGCGUCGUGUUGAAGAUGUUGAAGGCUCACUUCCACCUAAGGUUUCCAUAGUUUUAAGAUGUAGGAUGUCAGCUAUUCAGAGUGCCAUUUAUGAUUGGAUCAAAUCCACUGGUACUCUUCGGGUUGAUCCUGAAGAUGAAAAGCGCAGGGCUCAAAAGAACCCAAUUUACACGGCUAAAGUGUAUAGAACUUUAAAUAACAGAUGUAUGGAGCUUCGGAAAGCCUGCAAUCAUCCUCUGCUCAAUUACCCAUAUUUCAAUGACUUAUCGAAGGACUUUCUCAUAAGAUCUUGUGGGAAAUUGUGGAUUAUGGAUAGAAUUCUUAUCAAACUUCAGAGAACUGGGCAUCGAGUACUUCUCUUUAGUACAAUGACAAAACUCCUUGAUAUAUUGGAGGAAUACUUGCAAUGGCGACGACUUCUCUACAGGCGAAUCGAUGGAACAACUAGUUUAGAAGAUCGUGAAUCGGCUAUUGUGGAUUUUAAUAGCCCUGAUUCGGACUGCUUCAUUUUCUUGCUUAGUAUUCGUGCAGCUGGUCGGGGUCUUAAUCUUCAGUCUGCUGACACAGUUAUCAUUUAUGAUCCUGAUCCAAACCCUAAAAAUGAGGAGCAGGCAGUGGCUAGAGCCCACCGUAUUGGACAGACAAGAGAAGUCAAAGUCAUUUAUAUGGAAGCAGUAGUUGAUAAAAUCUCUAGCCAUCAGAAAGAAGAUGAGCUCAGAAGUGGAGGUACAGUUGAUAUGGAGGAUGACCUUGCUGGUAAGGAUCGUUAUAUGGGAUCUAUUGAGAGCCUGAUAAGGAACAACAUUCAACAAUAUAAAAUUGAUAUGGCUGAUGAGGUUAUUAAUGCUGGACGCUUUGACCAGAGAACAACACAUGAGGAGAGACGCUUGACUUUGGAAACAUUAUUGCAUGAUGAGGAGAGAUAUCAAGAAACUUUACAUGAUGUUCCCUCACUGCAGCAGGUCAAUCGCAUGAUUGCUAGGAGCGAAGAGGAAGUUGAGUUAUUUGAUCAAAUGGAUGAGGAACUGGAUUGGAUUGAGGAGAUGACAAGGUAUGACCAGGUACCUAAGUGGCUUCGAACAAGUACUAGAGAAGUAAAUACCACUGUUGCCGCGAUUUCCAAAAGACCAUCAAAGCACAAUUUAUUUGCUGGUAAUAUUGUUGUAGAAUCUAGUGAAAUGGGUUCUGAUUCUUCUCCUAAGACUGAGAGGAAAAGGGGACGCCCAAAAGGGAAAAAGCAUCCUAACUACAAGGAAUUAGAUGAUGAAAAUGGGGAAUACUCUGAAGCAAGUUCUGAUGAGAGAAAUGGAUAUUCUGUUCAUGAAGAAGAGGGAGAAAUUGGAGAGUUUGAAGAGGAUGAAUUUAGUGGUGCUGUUGGGGCACCACCAAUCAACAAAGACCCAUCAGAAGAGGAGGGUGCAGUUUGUGAUGGUGGAUAUGAGUAUCCCCGGGCUUCAGAAAGUACAAAAAAUAAUCUCACAGUAGAAGAAGCAGGUUCCUCUGGAUCAUCCUCAGAAACUCGAAGAGUGGCACAAAGGAGGGUAUCGCCUUCCAUUUCUUCUCAGAAAUUUGGGUCCCUGUCUGCUUUAGAUGCUAGGCCAGGUUCUCAACCAAAAAGGCUGCCAGAUGAACUUGAGGAAGGGGAAAUUGCAGUAUCUGGAGAUUCUCACAUGGACCACCAACAAUCUGGAAGUUGGAAUCAUGAUCGUGAUGAAGGUGAAGAUGAACAGGUUUUGCAACCCAAAAUAAAGCGAAAACGUAGUCUUCGGGUUCGUCCCCGUCAUACCAUGGAAAGGCCAGAGGAGAAGUCUGGUAGUGAGACACAAGCUUUCCAACGAGGAGAUGCGUCUCUGUUGCCAUUCCAAGUGGACAAUAGGUAUCAAGCUCAGUUAAAGGCUGACUCUGAAACAAAAACAUAUGGAGAGCCCAAUGUCUUUAAACAUGAUCAAGCCGAUUCAUCCUCAAAAAGUAGGCGAAAUUUGCCAUCAAGGAGAAUAGCUAAUACGUCAAAAGUGCAUGCUUCACCAAAAUCUAGCAGAUUGAAUAGCGUGUCUACUCCGGCAGAAGAUGGUGAACAGUCAAGAGAAAAUUGGGAUGGUAAAGUUAUGAAUUCAAGUGGGACAUCAGGUUAUGGCACUAAGAUGCCUGACAAUGUCCAGAGAAGGUGCAAGAGUGUCAUCACUAAGCUUCAAAGGAAAAUAGGUAAGGAAGGUCCUCAAAUUAUACCUCUGCUAACAGAUUUGUGGAAGAGGAUUGAAAACUCUGGGUACGCGGGUGGAUCAGGAAAUAAUCUUUUGGAUUUACGAAAGAUCGAUCAGCGUAUAGACAGAUUAGAGUAUAAUGGAGUUAUGGACCUUGUGUUUGAUGUGCAGUUCAUGUUGAAAAGUGCAAUGCAUUUUUAUGGGUUCUCACAUGAGGUGAGAUCUGAAGCAAGGAAAGUGCAUGAUCUCUUUUUUGAUAUCUUGAAGAAUACAUUUCCAGACUCAGAUUUUCGAGAAGCCAGAAAUGCGCUCUCUUUUUCUGGCCCAUUUACUACCACUGCUGCUCCAUCCCCAAGACAGCCAGCUGUUGGCCCAAGCAAGAGACACAAGUUGGUAAAUGAGGUGGAACCUGAUCCAGGCCCUCCACAGAAGCCACCACAGCGUGGACUCGUUUCCAGUGGUGACGAGACAAGAAUUAGAAGCCAUUUGUCCCAGAAGGAAUCAAGGGUUGGGAGUGGAAUUGGCAGUAGCCGAGAGCAAUCUCAACAGGAAGAUUCCCCACUUCUUACACAUCCAGGAGAGCUGGUAAUAUGCAAGAAGAAGAGAAAAGACAGGGAGAAGUCGGCAGUGAAGCCUAGGACUGGACCAGCCGGCCCAGUUUCACCGCCUAGCAUGGGACGUAGUAUGAGAAGUCCUGGUUCAGGUUCAGUACCCAAGGACACAAGACAGACCCAACAAAGCACCCAUCCGCAAGGAUGGACCAACCAGCCUGCUCAACCAGCAAAUGGGGAUGGUGGGUCUGUUGGUUGGGCAAAUCCUGUAAAGAGAUUGAGGACAGAUUCUGGAAAAAGGAGGCCAAGCCAUCUAUGACUGAGGUAUAAUGAUUGUAAUGGAUAAAUUUCUUCCUAUUAACUUCAGGGCGCUGAGUUUAUUAUUAGAGGGGCCUUCGCUGCCUGUACUAGUGGAAAUUAGCCAUACUGUUAAUAAUAGCAUAGGGUCUUUGUUCCUCUGUUGUAUUUUACAUCUCUUACCAUGGUUAAGAAUCAAAUAGUUUUUUGGUUUUUUGUAUCUGCCCCUUGCAGGUAUCAUGUUGCCCUGGAUAACUGAAGCCUUUGUAUAGAUUUGCUUACAUAUUAAUUUUCAGGCUUAUCAUACAUCUUUCAACUA